CUAGAUGUAAACAUUUCAAUAACGAUCGUUGGCAUGGAAAUAAACGACUUGGUUGCAGUCUGAUAUUCGCGGGUCUGUUCGAAGUGGAGUGCUGAAGUUAUCAUGUAUUCUGCCGCCCAGAAACAGCGACAGCUGAAGCAAACCGCGCUGUGUCGCGACGUUGAGAGCAAACAAGUAAGUGAAAACUACCAGAAAGACUUGAGCUUAAUUCAGCGCAACAGUAUCGAUCGAUGGCGUAAGCAAAAGGUUGAGGAGCAGAGUCGACAACGUGACGCCAAACAAGCACAACUAGCACGGCACCAGGAAGCGGAAAGACGCUACUGUUUGCAAGAAGAACAAGAAAGGGCACAGCUACUGCUUGAGGCAGAACGACGGAAGAUAAAUGAAGAGAAAUUACGUCAGCAGCUUCGCGAAUCUAACCAAGAAAUGCGUGAGCUAGAGUCGAAAUUACGGGCCGCCUACGUAGCCAAGGGUAUCACAGCUCAAUUGGCUGAAAUCGAACUACGCAAACAGCACGACAAGCUGAAGGCAUGCCAUGAGAAGGAAGCAUGUAAGAAGCAGCAACAGGAAAACUUGGUUUACAUGCAAAGUAAACAUGAGGCCGAAACGAAACAAAAGAAACAGCUUCGGACGGUACUGUUGGAACAGAUAAGCGAAUCGCGCUACAAGAAGCAGUGUUUGUACGAAGAUUUUCUGCGGCAGAAGAGCAGUCUUGAUGCUGUGGUAAAGAAAAUACAGGAGGAACACUUGGAGGCCAUUCAACGUAAGCUGGAGCUGCGCAAUUGUACCCGCAAGGAAAUGGAGUUCUUCCAGGAGACCAAAGAAACGUGGAAGGCUCGCCAGAAACUCCUAACGGACGAAGAGAAUGAACUGAUCCGAAAGUAUUGUAAGGAAAAAGAUGAGCUUUAUGCGGAAGUGCAAAAGCGGAAAGAAGAAAUGAAUGCCAAACGCGAGCAGUUGAAUAUGCGUAUGGUUACGGAAAUGGAGAAUGCCGAGUCUGAAAAACUGAAGCGUGAAAACCUUCUUCAAGAGCUGUAUAUGGCCGAGCAGGACGAUCGCGAGAAACUGAAGCUUCAACGUGAGCUGGAAGAUUCGCUGCGCAAGAGAAUUGACCUUAGGCUAGCACUUGAACAGCAAAAAGCGAAGAAUAGCUGUCAGCGCGAACUAGAAGCUGAAAUGGACAAACGGUUUCAGGAGGACCAAAUCAAGGCGUGGGCUGAGAGGGACCGCAUCGAACAAAUGUCGAAUGAACGUCGUCGCCGUAAAAUGAUAGAAUACCGGCGAGAGGUGUUGGAUUUGCUGGAAGAUAGGCGCCAAAGACGAGUUAGCGAAGUGAAUCAUAUUUUGCAACUGGAGAAUGAACAACGGCAGGAAGAUGAACUCCUGCAGAAUAUUCUGGAGGAGGAACGUAUAAAGUUGCUUAGGGAACAUGUGACAGCUUUGCUCGGUUUUCUUCCUCCAGGUGUAUUACGGGAAAGCGACCGAGAGUUCAUACCUCUUCCCAAAGCCGGUAGCACACAGAAACAUUCUUGAUUUCAAUGAAUGAUACAUAUUAUUGCUUUUGACCGUAGUUGCAUGAUUACAUCAAAUAAGAAACGUGAAAGCCGCACGUACAU